AUGCUUGAUUUCAUCUUCGCGGUAGAGGACCCUGUUGCCUGGCACGAAGAGAACCUGCGCCGCCACCCCCACCACUACUCCUUCCUUGGCUGGCUGGGGCCCGCUGCGCUGACGGCAGUGGCCGACCGGCUCGGCGCCGGCGUCUAUUUCAACACGCUUGUCCCCUGGCAGCCGCACCAGCUCAUAAAGUAUGGAGUGGUGCGGCUGGCGGCGCUGCAGCAGGACCUGCUGCACUGGACCAGCCUGUACUGCGCGGGACGCAUGCACAAGCCGGUGGCCACGCUGCGGCAGCACGCCGCCGUGGCCGCCGCCCAGCAGCACAACCUGGCCGCCGCGCUGCGCGUGGCGCUGCUGCUGCUGCCGCCGCGCUUUGGCACGCUGGACCUGCUGCACGCCAUCUGCGCCAUCAGCUACAGCGGCGAUGUGCGCAUGGGGCUGGCUGAGGACAGCCACAAGGUGCCCCGCAUCGUGAGCGGCAGCCUGGAGGGGCUGCGAGGCCUGUAUGCGCCGCCCCUGGCCGCGGCGCAGGACCGCUGGCGCGUUCUGCAGCCCGCGGCGGGGGCGGGAGGCGACGCCUGGGUGUGCCAGCAGGCGCAGGAGCAGCUGCAGGCGGUGGGGAGGGCGCUGGCGGCGGCGGAGCCGCAGCGGCGGCAGCGCUUGCUGCGGCACGCCAUCCACGCCAUCGUGGGCGCCUCCAGCCGCCGCCAGGCUGUGUCGGGGCUGCUGACGGCGGGGCUGGCCAAGUCGGCGCGCUACGGCUGGGCCAAGCUGCGCAAGGCGUGGCGGUAG